AGUGAGAGGUAGAACACAAACAGGUGUAUCAUUUAGAGCUGCACCUUCUCUCUCUGCACUCCUGAACCGAUGGCUUUUCUUCACUCCUGGGUAGAAUCUCUCAGCUAGCAGAUUGGCUUAUUCUUCUCUCAGGACGGCUCUUUGGACGGGAUUAGGAUUUUUCACAGAAUAAAGACAUUCUUGAGGAUGAUCACACAGCAUGAGGCAUAAAGGCACCUCAUGCACCAGGCUGCUCUCCAAUUUAGGAUCCUUUUACCUGGACUGAUGUGCCUCACAGCCGUGCUGAAAGUGUCCCAGGUUUUGCACAGUUAGGAGGAACUCCAGAGGAGGAUGACUUCUCUGCUCUACAGUCUCCUGCUGGGUCUCCUUGUGCUCCAGAUCUUUGUGACGGGGAUACAGGGAGAAUCUAAGGAAGAUCCAUCCAAGCUUACCUUACAGUCUUUGGAGGAGAAGGAAACAGUCUUGCCCUGCCUCUAUGAACAGAGCAGAGUCAGUAUAGUUCAGGUUAGCUGGUACAAGAUAAAGUCUGAUGGGACCAAGGAGCAAAUUAUCACUGCAAGCCCCACCGACGGCCAGAUGGCUUUCGGGACAUGGGAUGGCCGUGUGCGCUUCAAAAGCAGUCAACCCACAGUGGACUGGACUCUGGUCAUCAUAAGCACCAAGGUCUCAGAUGAAGGCAAUUAUAUGUGUCACAUCAGUACCUUCCCAACAGGGAAUUUUGAGAAAGAGAUGUCUCUCACCGUCUGGACUACUCCAAUCACUGACCUGGUUCUUCACGAUGUAAAGGAGGGUGACACCUACAAGCAAGUGGCCUCCUGUCGUUCCGUUGCUCGCCCACCGCCUCGGCUCUCUUGGGACACGGAGCUUAAUGGUCGGUCUGAAAACCGCACCUCAGAAAGCGGCCAAAUCUCCAUAAACUACUACCUGCACCCUGUGAGGGGUAUGAAUGGAAAGAAGCUGGACUGCUUGGUGUGGCAUCCAGCUUUUUCUGAGCCACGCAGGUUGAAAAGCGUUCUGGUGGUGCAUUUUCCUCCGCACGCUGAAGUGUCUGGCUACAGUGAAGACUGGCAAGUUGGCAUGGAGAAUGCUGCCCUGAGGUGCAUACAUGGAGGAAACCCUGCACCAACCGUCACUUGGACCAGAUUAGGUGGAGUCCUUCCUAAACAUGCAGUUCCCCACUCAGAUGGAAGACUUGUUUUUGAGCGACCCCUUAACAUCUCAGACAUGGGCACCUAUCAGUGCUUGGUAAAAAACACUGAGGGCAAAUACGAAGUGAAGGUGGAGAUUACCUUAAAAGAGCAUAGAGAGGAAAUACAUGAGAACAAGAUGAUGUACAUCGUUGGGGGUGCGGCUGGUGGGCUGCUGAUUGUCAUGCUCAUCCUUGUCAUCGUCCUCACAUGUCACCACAAGCAAAAGAACAAGAAACUGAAAAGGGAGCUGACAAAGAAAAGGGAAGAAAUAUCUAAUCUGUCCAGACAAGCUUCAUUCAGGAGGGUGAACUCUGUCAGCACUGAUGCCAGAGAGCAGAUUGAGGAGAGCCUCCCUCUGAGAGUGGAGUCAACCCUGAGGAACAGCCUGUCUUCCCUCGGGGAGCAAGCCCGUUGCCGCGACAGCAGAUCGACCAUCUCAGGUGUGCGUGUAGGCGGGGGCUCUGCUUACGACUCUCUUGGGAGACCGUCUAUCUACAACAACUCAAGGAGGGGAAGGGACAGGGCUAUGGUUAGGGACGAUGAAACUCAGCUUAGAAUAGAGCAAUUUGUGAGAAACAGCAACAUGUCCUUGCAGGAGACCCGUUUGCUUCCCCCUCUCAUCCAAGGAAACUACCCCACAAUACGCUCAACUGAGGUCAUAAGAAAGAUGAACGGCAGCGCUAUCAUCCCAGCAAAUGGGGGUUCACACACAGGAAGCACCAUCAAGAGCUACCAGCCCCCUCCGACGAGCAGCACCUACCCACAAGGAACAUAUGAUGAGGAUGAGAUUGAUGAAGGGCUAGGUGGCCCCAUUAAUCAGGAGCAUCCUGAUGAUCAGGACAGUGUGGCCUCCAGCUCCAAUUUCUCCAAAAACAGGAUGAGCCCUCCGGCUCUCAGUCACAACCCCCACACUUCCUACGUCCACAAGGCCCAGAUCGUUUAGCAGGAAGCAGCAGGACCUCAUGUAAAACCGCAGAAGUAAGAAGCUGCGCUUUUGACAUUUCCCAGUCACCAAGAUUAGCAUCAUUUCUGUUCUCCUCAGGGUGGAAACAGACUUCUCUUAAGAAGGAAGUCAGGAAGGAUUCCUGACUUCUGCACACCUUUUGGAGAUCAGUCAUUACAGACAAAAUAUGAUGUUACAACAUUUCCGACUGUUGCAGUUGCAGCCGCUUUUGCAAUGCCCUGUUGUUUUAAGAGGCUUCAGAUGCCAGCACAGCUCAGAAACAUUGUGCAGAUACACCUGGAGCUUUUCAUACCAGUGGAAAGCAGGAAAUGCGGGAGGAGUAACAAAAAAAGAAAAAGAGCUGUGGGAAAGUAUGUUAAUCAGAGGAGUCGAUUGCAACAGGUGGUGUGCUGUGGAAAAGUAACUGUGCGUAUGAUGAGUUUGCAUACACGCACUUCUUUGGACCUGAUCCAGAACUUGUGCGUCUCUGGCCACGCCUCAAACACCAAUAUCUCUGUAUACCUUCACUUCAGUCAUCCAGACGAGGCAGUAUGUCUCUGCAUUGAUCUUUCUGCAAAUAUGGACUGUUUGGUGUCCAUGAGACUUUCUUUUACUGAAACGGCAGUUAAAAUGUUUUCAUAUCAUUAUUCAGUUCAGAUGCUUCCACAAGAUUGUAUGUGUACUUUAUUUUUAUUUUUUUACAAACUUACAAUCUCCCCGUGUUAUUUUUUUUACUUAAGGAUACUGUGAAUAGAAAUUAGUCCACCCAACUUCUACAUGUCUUUUGAGGACUUUGACGUUGUAUACAGUUGUGCUUGAAAGUUUCCGUACCCAUCCAUUAAAGACAAAAAAUAUAUAUUGAUACUGAUUUUGAAUAUAUAUAUGUAUAUAUAUAUAUAUUAAUAAAUAAAACAAGUAAACAAGCCUGAUGGAGCUCCUGAAGUAAACUUUUGUUGAGCAAUACUAUGAGGCAGUCACUGAAAUCAGGUGUUUUCUGUAAUGUUCAGGAAAUGCUCAUUCAGACUUUUAUAUCUGUUGAUAGGUAUAUUGGUGCUUUAAUUUGUAUAGGAUAGUUUAUUUUUUAGAAUAUUUUUAAAGAAUAAUUCUAAAUCCAUAUUUUAUUUUACAAAGUUAUCAUUUAGUACACUUUUUUUAAUCAUUACAUUUUUUUUACAGUUUUGAACACAAAACUAAAAAAAUGGGAGGGUAUGUAAACUUUCUAGAACAACUGUAUGUUGUAAACUUAAAACUAUACAUUACAUAAUCAGCUCCAAGUCAUAACAAUUCACUAUCCACACUUGGCCAUUUGUCUGUAUCAGUUUUUAUCCCUUGUUUUUUGUUUUGUUUUUUUUAGCUUUGAUGAAUGAUGGGUAUAAAGUCACAAAAUGCUUGGACCGCACUUAUAAUUAAAUUCGAUUUCAGUUUUUACAGAAUUCUCAUAACCAUGUUUUCCUUACAGUAGACUGAAAGGAGAUUCUAAAAACAUUCUUCAAAUCAUUAAUUGUUAAAGGGGGGGAAAUGUCCCCCUGGUGGGUACAAAUUGAUAUUUGGUACUGGGGGAAAAAAUGACUGUAAAAUAGCCAAAACUGCAAAGGUACAACUGCAAAGACAAUGCAAAAGAAAAAAGGACCAGCGACCAAUGAAGUAUGGUACACCGAUGCUGAGUUGCCUGUUUGCAUGUUCACUCAGAUAUACGCUCAGGACAAAAGUCAUGAAAAUGAAUGUUAUCGUGGAUAUUACCAUGUGCCAUUUUGAAAGUUUUCAGAACCAGCAACAAAACUAUGCCUUUGCGAGAGUAAUGUGACAUUCUCGUUCUGAUAUGCUGGCAUGUGCGUGUUUACUGUUUUUAUUUUUUAUUCUCAUUAUUUGUGGAAUGUUGAUUUUAUUGUUUGGCUCAUAUUUGUUCUUGAGUAUUCAUAAGGGUUCAGUUGCUGCCCUCAAAGGGGUGUGCCAAAGGGAAUAAUGUGUCUUUGCUGUGUUUUGCAAAACUGAAAGUAUUAUUUUGUUCCAUGUUGUAAAAGCAUUCACCUAUAUGGCUGUUUCCAGUAAGUGGAUGCUUCCUAAAGCCGUUGCUAAAAUGUCUAAA